CCGGGGCGGGACAGAUCGCCGCCUAUAAGAGGGGCCGCACGCCAACACCCGCCACCCGCCUGCGCGCCCUCUCCGGACCGCGGUACGAUGGCCCCCGCCCGCCUGCUUGCCCUGCUGCUGCUCCUCGUGGGCGCCUCCGCCGCCGCCGCCGAGUCGAUCCGAGAAACUGAGGUCAUCGACCCCCAAGACCUCCUAGAAGGCCGAUACUUUUCUGGAGACUUACCAGACGAUGAGGAUGUCGGGGUGCCCAGGCAGGAACCGGAUGACUUUGAGCUGUCUGGCUCUGGAGAUCUGGAUGACUCAGAAGACACCCCGAUCUCCCCAAAAGUGAUCCAUCCCUUGGUGCCUCUAGAUAACCACAUCCCUGAGAAGACAGGGCUUGGGAGCCAGGUCCCCACCGAACCCAAGGAACUGGAGGAGAAUGAGGUCAUCCCCAAGAGGAUGUCACCCUUCGAUGGGGAUGAGGAUGUGUCCAACAAGGUGUCCAUGUCCAGCACAGCCCAGGGCAGCAACAUAUUUGAGAGGACAGAGGUUCUGGCAGCUCUGAUUGUGGGCGGCGUGGUGGGCAUCCUCUUCGCCAUCUUCCUGGUCCUGCUGCUGGUGUACCGCAUGAAGAAGAAGGACGAGGGCAGCUACGACCUGGGCAAGAAACCUAUCUACAAGAAAGCCCCCACCAAUGAGUUCUAUGCCUGAAGCUUCCUCCUGAGCACCUGCUUGGACUUCAGGAGGAAGGGACGCUGAAGGAUUUUGAAGGGUGGACAUUAGGGGAGGGGGAGGGCGAGGGCACCCCAGUCCUGGUCAAUCAGCACCUCCAGCUCCAGUUACGGUUUCAGUGUCAGAGAGACAUCAUCUGCUACUGUUCCUAUCUGCCUCUUCUUGAUUCUCUGAGCCUCCAUUGUCCCAGCAAGAAAAAUGGAGUUAAACUUGGCCUUUCUUAAGGCAAGUCUGGGAUUGGAUCAUUUCUUCAUCUUCCGGUUUAGAAUCUAGGCCCAGUUGAGAGUCUAUACUGAACAGGCCUCAUCCAGAGCCUCUCUAAGCUACUGUGCAAAUCCUGCUGGAGGUCGCCCCCCCGGCCUUCCUCCCUCCCUUCUUCCCUCCCUCCUUUCCACAGUCUGGCCCCUCUGCCAGGAGCCGGGAGAAGAAACCAGAACCAUCUAUCUGCACCUUGAGAUGUGUCCAUCAAAGGGCACCUGUGACCACACACUGGGAGUCUGUGGUACACCUUGGGCCAUUCUAGGCUCUUCCAAGUGACUUUUGGAAACCAACCUUUUUUAUUUGGGGAGGGUGGGGAGACGAGCUGAAAGUUCAUUCUGAGACAGACUUGUAGAAUAGUCGUAAGUCUAUUUUUAGUGGUUUGUUUGUUUGUUUGUUUUUUUAAUGGUUCAUUCCUUUGUACGGAGCCUUUCUACCUGGGCAAGAGUACACAGAAGUCAAGGCAUUCUCUGCCCUCUUGCACCUUUCCACAGUACAUGCUAAGUUUAUAUUUAAUGGUAUUUUGUUUUUGUUACUCGAAAAUGAGAGAAGAGUCGGAGAUAUAAUUUUUAUUAAUUUUUUUAAACUAUUUAUAGCUUCAGUCAGGGCCUCCUCUUCCCUCAUGCCUCUUUUUCUUUAAAUCCCCUCCCCAUAUUUUUUGUUUUUUUAAUUCCUCCUACUCCCCUGCUCAUGACUUUGGCCCUUUCUGAAGCUGCUUCCUCUAAGAAGCUUUUGCUGAAAUACAGUUUUCUAGAAGAUCCCAGAAUAUAAUGUAGGGGAUGGUGGGAUAUUUGUGUCUCUUUUUCAUGUAAUAUAUUAUUAUUCUUCCUUGGUUCUAGAAAAACAGAUAAAUAUAUUUUUUCAGGAAAUAGUAUGAUAUGAUAUUCCCACGUGAAGUUGGCUGGCUCGUUGAGUGAGUGAAUUUUUGUGUGGCUGAGUGGAUUUUUGCCUCUUUCUCUAGUCCCGUUCCUUGGUGCCUUCUCCUGAUUGGGCUGGAAACCUUCUCUUCCACUUUUGCUUUGAGCCCAGCUGGGGUUCCUUCAUUUGCUGUCUCCAAAUUUAAGAGAAAAUUGGAGAGCUGUGCUAUCCAAUAUGACAGCCACUAGCCACAUUGAAAUCAUUUAAAAUUACAGAGUUAAGUGUUCGUUCCUCAGUUAUACUAACCACAUUUCAAGUGCUCAGCAGCCACGUGUGGCUGCUGUAGCUGGUGGCUGAUGGCUGGUGUACGAAACAUGCAGGUAGAGCCCACUGGUGUCUGUUGCACAACGUAGUUCAAGUCGUUAAACUAGUUUAACAAGUCACGCCCCAGCUUUGCUCAGAUGACCUUCGUCUCCCUAGACAAAGGGGGUGGGGGAGGGCUGAUGAGGCCCUGGCUCUGGGGCCUGUUAGCUGUGACCCAUCCUCUCCAGGGAGGAGAGGCCUAGUGGCUUAGCCUGGGCAGACCAUGUCUCCUGACCCCAUUGGCUGGGGUUGGGGGGGAUUACCUUCGCUACCCUCACCUUUCACCACCAUAACCCCAGGGUCCCAGCUGGCUGGGUCCUCUUGCUCUCCCGGUGUCCUUUUCCUCUGGCCAUGUUGGGAGUGAGCACCUCACACUGUUGUCUGUUACUGAUUUUUUGAUAAAAAGAUAAUAAAACUUGGUACUUUCUA